AGGAGCAUUUUCAUAAUGGACAGUUCAUCCAAAGAAAAUAUCCAGUUAUUCUGCAAAAAUUCAGUGCAACCUGUUGAGAGGCCUUCCUUUAAAACAGAAUAUUCCUCCUCAGAGGAAAAGCAGCCAUGCUGUGGUGAACUAAAGCUGUUCUUGGGUGCCUUGUCUUUUGUUUACUUUGCAAAAGCACUGGCAGAAGGCUAUCUAAAGAGCACCAUCACUCAAAUAGAGAGAAGAUUUGAAAUCCCUUCAUCACUGGUGGGAGUUAUUGAUGGAAGUUUUGAAAUUGGGAACCUCUUAGUUAUAACAUUUGUUAGCUACUUUGGAGCCAGACUUCACAGGCCAAAAAUAAUCGGAGCAGGGUGCCUGGUCAUGGGGGUCGGAACGCUGCUUGUUGCACUGCCGCAGUUCUUCAUGGGACAGUACAGAUAUGAAAGGUAUCCUUCUUCCUCCAAUUCCACUCUUCGCACCUCUCCGUGUAUCCUGGAGUCAAACAGCCAGUUACCAACCUCAGUUAUGGAAAAAUCACAAUCUGCAAUAAAUAAUGAGUGCAAAGUGGACACCAGCUCUUCCAUGUGGGUUUAUGUUUUCCUGGGGAACCUUCUUCGUGGAAUUGGAGAAACUCCCAUUCAACCCCUGGGCAUCGCCUACCUUGAUGAUUUUGCCAGUGAAGACAAUGCGGCUUUCUAUAUUGGCUGUGUGCAGACAGUCGCAAUUAUAGGACCGAUCUUUGGCUUCCUGUUAGGAUCAUUAUGUGCCAAACUGUAUGUUGACAUUGGGUUUGUAAACCUAGAUCACAUCACUAUAACCCCAAAGGACCCCCAGUGGGUAGGUGCCUGGUGGCUCGGUUACCUAAUCGCAGGAGUCAUAAGCCUUCUUGCAGCUGUGCCUUUUUGGUGUUUACCUAAGAGUCUCCUGAAACCCCAAAGUAAAGAGGAUUCCAAUUCCUCCACUGAGAAAUCCAAGUUUAUUAUGGAUGAUCACACAGAAUACCAAACACCGCACAGAGAAAAAGCAAAAAUGAUGGACAUGGCACGAGAUUUUCUUCCAUCACUGAGGAGUCUUUUUGGAAAUCCAGUGUACUUCUUAUAUUUGUGUGCAAGCACCGUUCAGUUCAAUUCUUUAUUUGGCAUGGUGACAUAUAAACCAAAGUACAUCGAGCAACAGUAUGGGCAGUCAUCCUCCAAGGCCAACUUUGUCAUUGGACUCAUCAACAUACCAGCAGUAGCCCUUGGAAUAUUCUCUGGAGGGAUAGUAAUGAAAAAAUUCAAAAUCAGUGUAUGCGGAGCUGCAAAAAUCUACUUGGGAUCAUCUGUCGUUGGGUACCUUCUAUUCCUUUCUCUGUUUGCAUUGGGCUGUGAAAAUUCUGAUGUGGCAGGACUAACUGUCUCCUACCAAGGAACCAAGCCUGUCUCUUCUCAUGAACGAGCUCUCUUUUCAGAUUGCAACUCAAGAUGCAAAUGUUCAGAGACAGAAUGGGAGCCCAUGUGUGGUGAAAAUGGAAUCACAUACACAUCAGCUUGUCUUGCUGGUUGUCAAAGCUCCACCCGGAGUGGGAAAACUAUUAUAUUUCAUAACUGCACCUGUGUGGGAAUUGCUACCUUGAUGUCAGGAAAUUCCUCAGGCAUGGUGGGCAGAUGCCAAAAAGAUAAUGAAUGUCCCAAAAUGUUUCUGUAUUUCCUUGUAAUAUCAGUCAUCACAUCCUAUACUUUAUCUCUAGGUGGCAUACCUGGAUACAUAUUGCUUCUGAGGUGCAUUAAGCCACAACUUAAGUCAUUUGCCCUGGGUAUCUACACCUUAGCAAUAAGAGUUUUUGCAGGCAUCCCAGCUCCCGUUUAUUUUGGAGUUUUGAUUGAUACGUCAUGCCUCAAAUGGGGAUUUAAAAGAUGUGGAAGUAGAGGAUCCUGCAGAUUAUAUGAUUCAAAUGCGUUUAGGCACAUAUAUCUGGGACUAACUACGCUGCUGGGAAUAAUGUCCAUUUUCCUAAGUAUUGUAGUACUUUUCACUUUAAAGAAAAAUUAUGUAUCAAAACAUAGAAUCUUCAGAACCAAGAGAGAAAGAACAAUGGUGACUUCAAGAAUCAGGAAGGAAAAUUAUACAAGUGAUCAUUUACUACAAUCCAACUGCUGGCCAGGCAAGGAAACACAGCUAUAGACAAAUGUCUUGAGUCAUCUUUUCUAUUUUCUGGAAAUUCUGCAAACAAAUUUUAAUUGAUGUGUACAUUCUUCAUUCUUACUAAAAAUAUCUACUUUGUUUUUUAUCCUAGGUAUUAGAUA